GCCUGUCAAAGCUGGUUCUCUAUUCUCUCUCACUAUUAAACUAGAGAGUCCUCAACUCAUUCACAGAAUCUCAGUGUUCCAUCAGAAUUUCUGGGAUUUGCUUUGAUUCUCAACCAAUAACACAGGAAAAUCUCUCAUUCUGGAAUAACCCUCUUGAUUCUUUGUUUCUUCUACCUUCAUUCAUACAUUCAUUGUGCUCAGAAAAAAAAUCUCUGAUUGAUUACCUCUAAUCACCACCAACCCUCUUCCACAAAUUGAGUCAUUUUCAUAAUUCCUGUGAAAUUGAGCAGGAAGAAACAAAGAAAGAGAGAGAGGGAGAGAGAAAGUGAUGGCACCCAAUUCAGUUCCUGUGACAGGUGACAGGACAAACGACUUCACCAUGUUACAAGUGCAUGAUGGUUCAGAUUCUUCUCCCCUGUUUCCGGAGAAACAAAAACCUGCGAGUACCAAGCAGUUUACAUGGGUUCUUCUCCUUAAACUCCACAGAGUUCUGACAUGUUUGUCAUGGUUGACCACAGGGACCAAAUCCACCUUUGCCCUGGUCAAAAAGCGCAUUUCUUUGUCGGAUAUAAGCGAUGAGGGUCCUAAGAACAGGGGAAGAUUGUACAGGUUCAUCAAGGUGUUUCUUGCUCUCUCUAUUGGUGGCUUGAUUAUUGAAAUCAUUGCUCAUUUCAAUAAAUGGAAUCUGCAUAUGAUUCAUCCUUGGGAGGUUCAGGGUUUGCUGCAAUGGUCCUAUGUGGCUUGGCUUUCUUUCAGGGAAGACUAUGUUGCUCCUCUGGUUCAGCUGGUUUCCAAUUUCUGCAUUGUGCUCUUCUUGAUUCAAUCCCUGGAUCGGUUUUUACUCUGCCUUGGCUGCUUCUGGAUCAAGUUUAAGAAAUUGAAGCCCACCAUUGAUGCAGAUGCUUUUGAUGUUGAAGAUCCUUCUAGCUUCCCUAUGGUUCUUGUUCAGAUUCCCAUGUGCAAUGAGAGAGAGGUUUAUUCAACAUCCAUUGGUGCUGCUUGUCAACUUGAUUGGCCAAAAGACAGAAUAUUAGUUCAAGUUCUAGAUGAUUCAGAUGAUGGGAAUUUACAGAUGCUCAUCAAUGAUGAGGUUGCCUCAUGGAAAGAGAAAGGGGUGAACAUUGUGUACAGGCACAGAUUGAUCAGAACUGGGUAUAAAGCUGGAAAUCUAAAGUCAGCUAUGUCAUGUGACUAUGUCAAAGACUAUGAGUUUGUGGCAAUUUUUGAUGCAGAUUUCCAGCCCAAUCCUGAUUUUCUCAAACUAACCGUUCCACAUUUUAAGGGAAAACCUGACUUGGGUUUGGUUCAGGCUAGAUGGGCCUAUGUGAACAAGGAUGAGAAUCUACUCACAAGGCUCCAGAACAUCAACUUGUGCUUUCACUUUGAGGUGGAACAACAAGUGAAUGGUCAUUUCCUGAAUUUCUUUGGAUUCAAUGGAACAGCUGGUGUUUGGAGGAUAAAGGCUUUGGAGGAAUCCGGGGGCUGGCUAGAGAGAACCACAGUUGAGGACAUGGACAUUGCCGUCCGUGCUCACUUGAACGGAUGGAAGUUUAUCUACCUCAAUGAUGUCAAAGCUCUUUGUGAAUUGCCAGAGUCUUAUGAAGCUUACAAGAAGCAGCAACAUCGCUGGCAUUCUGGUCCAAUGCAGCUUUUCCGGCUAUGUUUCCCUGCUAUAAUCACUUCCAAGAUAUCAAUCUGGAAGAAGGCUAACUUGAUAUUUUUGUUCUUCCUAUUGAGGAAACUUAUACUUCCCUUCUACUCGUUCACCUUGUUCUGCAUUAUACUACCCUUGACUAUGUUCCUACCUGAAUCUGAACUACCCCUUUGGGUGAUAUGUUAUGUCCCCAUUUUCAUGUCUUUCUUGAACAUUCUUCCAUCCCCAAAAUCUGUCCCUUUUCUUGUUCCAUAUCUUCUUUUUGAGAACACAAUGUCAGUUACAAAGUUCAACGCCAUGGUUUCGGGGUUGUUUCAGCUAGGAAGUGCUUAUGAGUGGGUUGUGACUAAGAAGACAGGUAGAUCUUCUGAGUCAGAUUUAUUAGCCUUGGUUGAGAGAGAAUCAAAGUCUUCAAAUGAAGAGAAAAUUCACAGGAGGCACUCAGAGUCUGGCUUGGAGUUAUUAGGCAAACUUAAGGAAACACAAGCCCCUUCCAAGAAGAAGAGAAACAAGAUCUAUAGGAAAGAGCUAGCACUUGCAUUUCUUUUGCUCACAGCAGCUGCUAGAAGUCUUCUAUCAGCACAAGGUCUUCAUUUCUAUUUUCUUCUCUUCCAAGGUUUGUCAUUUCUUGUGAUGGGUUUGGACUUAAUUGGGGAGCAGGUGAGCUGAAAUUAAUAAGGCAUGGGAACUGUUUUGCUUGUUUUUUGACACCAAUACUUGGUUCUGAGUCCAGACUUCAGUUGAUGUUCAUUGAAGAUAAAAUCAUUUGGAUGAACUAUAUCAGCUGGCAAGAAACAAUAUACAAAGUAAAGUUGGUUGUACAAUUAUAAAAUAAAAUAUUGAGGAUGAUAAGCAUUGAUCUAAUAGAGAAAAGAAUGUAAUUGUUUUUCUACUCCCAUUUUUUGUAGACUUCAAAUUUGUCAAAGUUAAGAUUUGUUGGAUUUUUAUGGGUUUUCACCUAUGUAAAGCUUUAGGACAACAUAUUGUUGGAACAUAAUUGUAUUUACUUUCUUUGAGAAUAGUUCGCGAAACAUUUAUCCCUCCAUUUGCUUUUC